AUGGAUGAUUCUAGAAAGGGCCGACGAUGGCGGCAUCCUGUCCCACAAGAACUUCGGAAACGAGCUACUCGAGCAUGCAUUGCCUGCCGUAAGGCCAAGGAAAAAUGCGAGGGCGGGCGUCCUUGCUCUCGAUGUUCUCGAUUUGGACAGCAAUGUAUCUUCGAAGCCGCACAUUCCGACCGACGUUUUAGAGAAGAGUUUGACCGAACAGACGAAAGAGAACGAAUUCACUGGAUGGAGUUACUAUUGAAGCAUUAUGUCCCAAAUAUAUCGCUCGAAUUGCAGUCGCUGCGAGAGAGGGCUUUGGAAAUCAGCAAAUCAAGUACCACUGGACAGGUGAAAUCUGGUCAGUCGAAUGAAAUUAUGUCAAUAGGCUUGGCAGAAGAUACAGAAUUUGCCAUCAGUCCCCAGUCGAACACGACAACACAGUACGCAGGUGAGCUCUCCUAUGUGUCUCUGUCUAUGAGAAUGCAACAGGUCAUCCACCAAAGCCUCCGUAACACACUCCCAGAGGUAUAUGAGCCAACAGACCUAUUUGGGGAUCAGUGGAGUGCGCAUCCAUUGCAAAGCGAAACAGGCUUGAUUUCCUCGUCGUUGGAGUGCCUCCCUCCGCGCGAUGUUGCUGAAUUUCUUAUCAACUCUUUUUUCAAUUAUGCCCAGACAAAUGAUUUCUACGUGGAACAAAGCCAGCUCUGCGAGACACUAAAUUUAUGCUACUCAUACUCGGCUCAAAUGCAGUUACCACAUCCCGACGCAAGCUCUGUAUGCGUCUUGCUAAUGACACUGGCUAUCGGCACUCGCUUUGCGCACAUGGGUUCUCCUUGGUGCGUUCGUUCUGAUCGAAAGAUCCAAUCUGUACCAGAUCAUAAAGGCGGUACUCAAUUCUCCGAAGACGAACUGGGACUCAAAUUCUACCGAUUCGCGUCGAAACUUCUGCCCCUUAUAAUUGCUUCGGCCUCACUGCGCACUGUUCAAGCAUGCCUCUUAAUGGGGACUUACUUUAUCCAUAUCGAUGCAUCUGGUCUAUCAUUCACCUAUUUAGGGUUGGCAUUGAGAAUGGCAGUCCAAAAUGGAAUGCAUAGGCGAUACACCGGGCACGAUCUCGAUACAGAAACCAUCGAAAUUAGGAACAGGGUAUUCUGGACCACGUAUUCCCUGGAAAGGCGCAUCGGGAUAUUACAUGGGAAGCCCACUUCUCUGAAUGUUGCGGAAGUUGAUGCUGCAUUUCCCACAAAUAUCCCUAGCUUGCGACCAGCAAAUGACCCGUCCAACUUUUCAAACAUGAUAACUUCUAUUUGUUUAACAUCGAACCUGGCGAACUUCGCCACUGAGAUUGCAUCGCUACGGAAAGCAUCCACAGACCAUAAAAAGCAAUGCUUGGACAAUUUACUUUCGCAACGAGAAUCAUUUCUGGCUUGGUGGGCCAGCCUACCAAACGGAGGGUUGUGCAGAGACCUCGGUCCAUCAAGUGGCUAUUUCCGCACCACCAUUCACCUGCAACUCGACUGCUGUUUGAUUAGAAUCUUCCUAGGCUGGUAUCCUUUGAUUGAGAGGGUCACAACUUCCUUUUUCCACAAUCCAGAAGCCGUCGAUAUAGAGGAUGAUCUACCAGGAAAGUCGAUACUAGAAGCUGAUUGUGUGAAAGCCUCGUUUGAGGUCGUUAACCUGUGCACUCUGCUCGAUGACAAGAUAGGUCUUGCCCGGGUGUCCUUCACGGAAUUUAGUGCAUGUCGGGCGGCGUUGCUGGCGAUUCUUGCACAAUCAAUCUCGACACGCACGGCGAAGCUUCGGAAUGCGUUAUCUACCGGACUCCGGUUGUUUGGGGUCAUGUCAAUGGGGGUGGGCUCUGCGCCAUCUGUGGUUGCUUGUAUUGAAUCUCUACAGAAAUCUCUUCACCACAGAAUGGGACACAGCCCUGGGAAGAUGUCGACCGAGGAUUUAGGCUAUGACCUUUUUAAAACCUGGGUCAAUGAUUGGGGAACUGAAGCCGCAAGCAUCGGAGCCAGGGCUUCGAAUACAAGCCACUACACAAGUCGUGCAACCAAUCAUAACCAAGGGGAUGGCGUGCUAUCAAAUGUAAUGGACUCGUUGGGGUUCGAUGGCCUAUCAUCGGCCGACUGGUUCAAUUCGUGGUCGUCUUUAUUCGCAGAGGUGGAACAAUGA